CACCGCCCCCGCUGCUGUGCGUAUCCGCCCCUCUCCUGCCUUCGGAGGGUCUAGGCGACGGCCGGGCCCUGGGGUGGCAGCGCAUCCACCAAACGUCUCCGCCGAGCUUUCUUUCUAGUUGGCGGCUCUUCUCGGCUGGGUCCAGGUCGGGGGGUGGAAAAUGGCGCCGGCGCCACAAGGCGUCCAGGAGGAGCCGCUGCUGGAUUGUCGGUCCACACCACUUUCCCGGCUCCUUUUCCUCGCCCAGGCUGCCCUCCUUUUGCUGCCGGCCGCUCGGGCAGGCCUCUGCCCCGCGCCCUGCUCCUGCCGCAUCCCUCUGCUGGACUGCAGUCGCAGGAAACUACCAGCGCCGAGCUGGAGGGCGCUGUCGAGCCCGCUGCCCCCCGACGCUGCCAGCUUGGAUCUGAGUCAUAAUCGGUUGUCUAACUGGAACAUCAGCUUGGAAUCUCAAACAUUACAAGAAGUGAAAAUGAAUUAUAAUGAGCUAACAGAAAUCCCAUAUUUUGGAGAACCAACCUCUAAUAUUACUCUACUCUCACUAGUCCAUAAUAUAAUCCCAGAAAUAAACGCAGAAGCGUUUCAGUUUUACCCUGCCCUCGAGAAUUUAGAUCUCAGUUCAAAUACAAUAUCAGAAAUCAAGACAUCUUCAUUUCCUCGAAUGCAGCUUAAAUACCUAAAUUUGAGUAAUAAUAGGAUAACCAUCUUGGAGGCUGGUUGCUUUGAUAAUUUAUCCAGUUCCUUACUAGUGGUAAAGUUAAACAGGAACAGAAUCAGCAUGAUUCCACCCAAGAUUUUCAAGCUACCUCACCUCCAGUUCUUGGAACUUAAAAGAAAUAGGAUUAAAGUGGUGGAAGGUCUGACAUUCCAAGGGCUUGACUCCUUAAGAUCUUUGAAGAUGCAGCGGAAUGGUAUUAGCAGACUUAAGGAUGGAGCUUUUUUUGGCUUGGAUAACAUGGAAGAAUUAGAACUGGAGCAUAAUAACCUUACAGAAGUGAACAAGGGGUGGUUGUAUGGCUUGCGAAUGUUACAACAGCUCUCUGUGAGCCAGAACGCUGUUGAAAGAAUCAGCCCUGAUGCAUGGGAGUUCUGCCAAAGACUAUCUGAACUUGAUUUGUCCUAUAACCAGUUGACCCGCUUGGAUGAAUCUGCCUUUGUGGGUCUGAGCUUACUGGAGAGACUGAAUUUAGGGGACAACAGAGUCACUCACAUUGCUGAUGGUGUAUUUAGGUUUCUUUCCAAUCUUCAGACACUAAACUUAAGAAACAAUGAAAUUUCAUGGGCCAUAGAAGAUGCUAGUGAAGCUUUUGCUGGACUUACAAGUCUCACUAAAUUAAUCUUACAAGGAAAUCAAAUUAAGUCAAUUACAAAGAAAGCAUUCAUUGGUCUUGAGUCCCUUGAGCAUCUCGAUUUGAACAACAAUGCUAUAAUGUCUAUCCAAGAAAAUGCUUUUUCUCAGACUCGCUUGAAAGAACUGAUUCUGAACACAAGCAGUUUACUCUGUGACUGCCAUUUGAAGUGGUUGCUUCAGUGGCUGGUUGAUAAUAACUUCCAGCAUUCUGUGAAUGUAAGCUGUGCACACCCUGAAUGGCUAGCAGGGCAGAGCAUCCUGAACGUGGACCUGAAAGAUUUUGUCUGUGAUGAUUUUCUCAAGCCACAGAUAAAAAUGCAUCCUGAAAAUACAGUCGCUCUUAGAGGCACGAAUGUGACUCUGACGUGCACUGCAGUGAGCAGCAGUGAUUCACCCAUGUCUACCGUGUGGCGCAAAGACAGUGAAAUCCUGAAUGACAUCGAUAGCGAGAAUUUUGUUCGUUAUCAGCAGCAAGCUGGAGAAGCUCUAGAAUAUACGAGUGUCUUACAUCUUUUCAAUGUGAACUUCACAGAUGAAGGAAGAUAUCAGUGCAUCGUUACUAAUCACUUUGGUUCUAAUUAUUCUCAGAAAGCCAAACUGACUGUGAAUGAGAUGCCAUCUUUCCUGAAAACGCCAAUGGAUCUCACUAUUCGCACUGGUGCCAUGGCCAGAUUAGAGUGUGCUGCAGAGGGGCACCCUGCACCUCAGAUUUCCUGGCAGAAAGAUGGUGGCACUGACUUUCCUGCGGCUCGAGAAAGACGCAUGCAUGUCAUGCCCGAGGAUGAUGUCUUCUUCAUUGCCAACGUGAAAAUAGAAGACAUGGGAAUCUAUAGCUGCAUGGCACAAAAUAUAGCCGGAGGCCUCUCAGCAAAUGCCUCACUCACAGUAUUAGAGACACCCUCAUUUAUCAGACCUCUGGAGGACAAGACAGUAACACGAGGUGAAACUGCGGUAUUACAGUGCAUAGCUGGAGGGAGUCCUGCCCCUCGCCUCAACUGGACCAAAGAUGAUGGGCCCCUGCUGGUGACAGAACGGCACUUCUUUGCUGCAGCCAACCAGCUUCUCAUCAUUGUCGAUGCUGGCCUGGAAGAUGCUGGGAAAUACACCUGCAUUAUGUCUAACACCCUUGGGACAGAACGUGGUCACAUUUACCUGAAUGUCAUUUCAUCCCCCAACUGUGACUCUUCCCAGAGUAGCAUUGGGCAUGAAGAUGAUGGCUGGACCACAGUUGGCAUCGUCAUCAUUGUUGUGGUCUGCUGUGUUGUGGGCACCUCUUUGAUCUGGGUCAUUGUUAUUUACCACAUGAGAAGGAAGAAUGAAGACUAUAGUAUCACGAACACAGAGGAGCUUAAUCUGCCUGCAGACAUUCCCAGCUACUUGUCUUCCCAAGGAACACUGUCGGAGCCACAGGAAGGCUACAGCAACUCUGAGGCAGGCAGUCAUCAGCAACUCAUGCCUCCUGCCAAUGGAUAUUUACACAAGGGCGCUGAUGGUGGCCCUGGUACCCGGGUUAUUUGCUCCGAUUGUUAUGACAAUGCCAACAUCUACUCCAGGACCCGAGAAUACUGUCCAUACACCUAUAUUGCUGAGGAAGAUGUUCUAGAUCAGACACUGUCCAGCCUCAUGGUCCAGAUGCCCAAAGAGACAUAUUUGGCACAUCCUGCCCAAGAUGCCCCUACCCUGGAGAGCCUGGUAUCAUCAGUAGACAGAGAGAUGGCUGCCUUUCCCACCAACCAUGAGAGGAUAAAUGAGAAGAAACUUCCCUCCACACAGAUGAGCAGUGAAACGUUGCCGCGGCCUCUUUGGAACAUAAGCAAAGAACUAGGCCUGCCUCAUCCUCCCUUUUCCCAGCAGCCAGUCCUUGAGCCACCACAACUCCAUCAGAAUGAGGGUCUGGCAGAGAGUGGCCCAGAGGGUUCUGCCUCCCCCACGCCCUGUCACAGGUUGCACGACCAUGCUUUUGAUUUUAGUAGGACUCGGAACAUUCAAGAUGGUAGUGAGGGCACAUGAACCUCACUCCAGGCUGAAAUCUGGGCCAAGACUCCAGUUAAUUCAUUUUGUAUUUACUACCUCAGAGUUCAGAAGAAACCCCAAAGUCAGCAUUUGCUUUACCCUCUCUGCAAUUACAUCUGACCCCACCGAGGUGGGCCAGGCAUUUGUUUGGGCUUAUUCCUGAGGAAGAAGGGGAAACGGCUGACAGAAGUGGGUACAUCUAAUAAAACAUGUGCAACACGGGCAGAGGAAGAUACAGGACAACUGUGCUUGCUGAUGGUUCCACGGGGUUGUGCCCAGCUGUGCAUUGCCUAUUAGGGAGAGCCUCAUUGCUGCUUAACAUGCUGGAUUGUCUGAACCUGCAGAAUGAUUCUGAGAAAACAUCGCUGUUCUGUUGUGUCUUCCAAGGAACAGAAAUAACUUCGGAGCCCUCUGGGAGAUGUGUCUGGGAUUCUUCAGUGGUUUUAAGCAUCUAGUUGAGACUGAGGCUUUGAUAUUCAAGGUCUUUGACAAGAAUCCCAGGCUUGACCAACUGUUACCACAUCAGGGGGUGUUGUAUUCUUGUGAAUCUUUUUUUUUUUUUGGUCCCUGUCACCCAGGGAUCUCGUUGUAAAUAUAUGUGCAUUUAUAAAUAAUUUUUGUAUUCAUUGACCAUAUGUGUUAGUUGCAUUGUAAAUAUUUUUGAUAUGCCAAAAUUAUAUAUAAUAUCCAGUUAUAAUAUUGACAGCAGCUUCUCAGACCACAGAUUUUGUAUGACUUGGUUUAGUGAACCUAAAGACUUUGUUUAAAGUUUUAAAAAUGUGUUUGUUAAGAAGUAUAUG